AUGAUGUUAAAACGCUACGUGUCCACAACUGCAACCCAAAGAGGAAUAAUAAGUCGUCUUACGACCCCCAUAACGGAGUCUCUUAAACCUACCAACAAAUUUGACCCGAAUGCCCCCAUCCCCAAAUUGAUAAGACCAAUCGGAUUGCCCCAACCUCCCAAUGCAAACUUGAGGAAAUACCGUCAUGGUAAUUCAUUCAUGGAUAUGUUUGACGUCGAAAGAACAUCAGAUCGUGUCAGAGAGCUUUCUCACGAAUUGAAUCAAGCUGGAGUACAUGAGAUGUUCAAUUUUAGAAUGUCUAAAGGGAAACUUUUGAAAUCACCUGAAUCAUUUUGGAGAAGUGAAAAGGCUUUGUAUUUUCCCCAUUUGGUUGGGAAAAGGUUGCUGGAUGGUAAGAAAGUGACCAUGGAGGAAUCCAUGAGGGGCAAGAUAACCAUUGUGAAAAUGUUUGCUAAUAAAGUUGGCCAACAAUUGGUUGAUCAAUAUACAUUAAAGGUCUCCGAAGAAAAAGAAAAGGAGGUACAAGUUAUAAACGUGGAUUGGAUAGAAAAUAAAUUGAAGUCUUUAUUAUUUGGAUGGAUUUAUUCUACAAGAUUGAGAAAACUGGUUUCUAAUUCCGAUGAGCAGGCAAAAUAUUUUGUAUGUGAGAGGAGUCAAUGGCCCUUUACGAUUAGAGAACAAUUAAAAGUGAGCAAUGUUUUCACCGGUUAUUUGUUUCUAGUAGACCCAAGCUUAAAGAUCCGUUGGUUUGCAUGUGGUGGUGCCGAUGAAGAUGAAUUAAAGACAUUCCACAAAUGUGUUAGAGGUUUACAAAGGGAGUUGGAGAAGGAACACAAAUGA